AUGGGGUUUGUGUUUUUGGCUAACAAGAUUGCUCCUGUUUUUGGUUAUGGGAUUCUGGCCUUGAGUUUCUUCAUUAAUGGGUUUGGAUGCCAAGCUCAACUUCUGCCUCCAGAUGAAGUUCAAACUCUUCAAACAAUUUCUCGAAAACUAGAGCUGAGCCGUUUUUGGAACAACAUAAGCGACGCUUCUUGUAAUCGUCUAAACGAAGACUUCAAUAACACAAUAAUUGUCGAAAGCAAAAUCUUCCAUAAUGUCUCAUGCGAGUGUAGUUAUGAGAACAACACUGUUUGCCACAUCAAUAGAAUCUUCUUGAAAGGACUCAAUUUAACAGGAGUUCUACCUGAAGAAUUCGGAAGACUAGCAUAUCUGGAAGAACUUGAUCUCUCGCUCAACUACUUCUAUGGAUCGAUCCCACCGAGCUUCGGUGGUGCCCCUCUGCGCAAUUUGUCUCUUUUUGGAAACCGACUCAAUGGUUCAAUUCCUGAGCAAAUUGGCAACAUUACCACCCUCAGGAAGUUAGAUUUAGAAGAUAAUCAGCUUGGAGUGUCUCUUCCUCAGACUAUUGGACGUUUGAGGAAUUUGGAAAUACUGAAAAAGAUGCUUUUGGAGCAGGUUCCUUGCUCCUCUUCAAGCAUUCUGUCUGCAAACAGCUUUCGAGGGACAAUACCAGAAUCAUUUGGAAAUUUAAAGAACUUAACAGAUUUGAGGAUAUCUGACUUGGUGGGAUCAAAAGCUAUACCUUUCCCUAGUUUGAGGGGAUUGACAAAGUUGGAGAGAUUGAUAUUGAGGAAUUGCUUCAUUUACGGUACAAUUCCAUCGUACAUCGGAGAGUUGACAAAUUUGAAAACAUUGGACCUGAGUUUUAACAAUUUGACCAGUCAAAUUCCAAAGGAAAUUGAGAAUCCAACGCUCUUAGAGCUCACGUUUUUGAAUAACAACUCAUUGACUGGGGAAGUACGGCCAAGUUGGAUGGUGCAGACCAGAAAGGAUUUUGAUUUAUCUUACAACAAUUUCACAGGGUCACCUCCAGUUCCUUGUGGAAAUAUGGUUUCUGUAUGGUGCUUUAAGAAGGGCCUCCCCUGCCCCGGAAAAUCGCGACGUCGUUCCUUGUAUAUCAACUGUGGAGGGCCAAACUUGGACGAAUACGAAGGUGACGAAUCCACUGGAGUGCCAUCAUACUUCUUUUCUCUACCAGAAAAAUGGGCGUAUAGUAGUACUGGUGUUUACAUAGCUGCUGUAUCACUCAAGUAUUAUGGCCUUUGCUUGCGGAAAGGCAGGUACAAAGUGAAGCUCCACUUUGCUGAAAUAAUGUUUUCGGAUGACCAGACAUUUAGCAGUCUUGGCAGACGCAUAUUUGAUGUCUCAAUUCAAGGAAAUUUAGUUUUGAAGGAUUUCAACAUUAUGGAGGAAGCUGGAGGUCCUGGAAAAGGCAUCACCAAGACUUUUGAUAAUGUUUUUGUUAAUGGUAGCACUCUAGAGAUUCACUUAUACUGGCCAGGGAAAGGAGCGACUGCCAUUCCUGAUAGAGGUGUUUAUGGACCUCUUAUAUCUGCUAUCGCCAUAACAUCAUAUGUAAGAAAAAUCAAUUCCGCCACGGGUAACUUCGACCCUGCAAAUAAGAUAGGGGAGGGAGGCUUUGGGCCGGUUUACAAGGGCGUACUUUCGGAUGGUGGCGUAAUUGCAGUUAAGCAGCUCUCAUCAAAAUCAAAGCAAGGGACCCGUGAAUUUGUUAAUGAGAUAGGCAUGAUAUCUGCUCUGCAGCAUCCAAAUCUUGUUAGGCUUUUCGGCUGCUGCACUGAAGGAAACCAGUUGCUGCUUAUAUACGAAUACAUGGAAAACAACAGCCUUGCCCGCGCACUUUUCGGUCGGGAUGACAACCGGAUGCAUCUAGAUUGGCCAACAAGGAAGAAGAUAUUGUUGGGGAUAGCAAGGGGGUUAGCUUACCUUCAUGAGGAGUCAAGGUUGAAAAUUGUGCACAGAGAUAUAAAGGCAACAAAUGUGCUACUUGAUAGGGAUCUAAAUGCCAAGAUAUCCGACUUCGGUUUAGCUAAACUCGAUGAAGAAGAGCACACACAUAUCAGCACAUGA